ACUACUCUGCAAUAAUUGCAAUUGGAGUUGUCCUCACUGUUCUGUUCUGUUUCCGACUCUGCUUGCCUUUUUGCCUUUGCCCUUUACUUUCUUUUUCAUUUUUUGGUCCUUUCCUUCGCGGGAAUCAGCAGCUCUGUAUCCGCCAUGGCCGCCUGCAAUUAAGCAUCUGUGUUUCCUGUCAUCGGAAAUUCUGCGCAGAUGCUUUCAUGGAGAGACGAUGUUGCUGAAGCAAACCCUCGAGUUGGACGGUGAAUUUUUGGGGAGAGGAGGUUUAAGAGAUGGAGAAAGAAGACUCCGGAAGCCCUGGUUGGAGCACAUCAUUCUUCGUGCAAGCUGCCGAAGAUGUUGCUCGAGCUGUCACAGUUGCUGUUAACACGCCCCAACCUUCUGCCGGAUAUUCAUUAAAAGAAGAAAGCGGCAGCCAGCUUCAAAGGCUUCAGAAUCACGUGACAAGGAUAAUCAAGGGUCUGUCGAGCCCUCCCGAAGUGAAAAGUGGACCUUAUAACCCGGAAAUACUAACUACACAGAAACGUCAGUGGUCUAACUUUCAUUUGCAGAUGCUGGAUCAAAGAGUCUGGAAGGAACCCUCGAAGCUUUUUGAAAGCAUGGUCGUGGUGGGGCUUCCACCUACUUCUGACGUUCAAGCGCUUCAGAAGCUAUACUCUGUGAAAAAGCUUAAAGGUUCAGCCGGACUUCGAAGAGGAUUUGACGAUCAACAUCAGUCUUGUGUUGAACCUAGCCUUGAGCCACAGGUCUUGUUUGUCUAUCCUCCCGAAAAACAGCUGCCGCUUAAAUAUAAGGACCUUCUUUCAUUCUGCUUUCCUUCAGGAGUAGAGGUUAAUGCUGUAGAGAGAACUCGGUCAAUGAGUGAGCUAAAUGAAAUAUUAUUGGGACAGGAACAUCUCAAGCAGAGUGACCUGUCCUUUGUGUUCCGGCUGCAGGUAGCGGAUAAUUCGACACUUUAUGGGUGCUGUGUUUUGGUUGAAGAAGUCAUACAAAAACCAUCAGGAUUGAUUUCCAUGAUUUCCGAUGGGCAACCACUUCACUCGAGUUUCAACCGCCAUAUUUUUACUACUUACCGAUGUUAUUGCAUUCUUUCCAGACUGCCAUUUUUUGAGCUGCACUUUGGCGUCUUGGAUAGCAUAUUAACCGAAGAGAGAUUGGAACGUUUGACGAAGCAGAUUAAUUAUCUGAAUUUGGAUUCUUCCGUUGGCCAUAGUCUGGCUGAAAUGCUAGAAUCACCUAUUGAAGAUGGAGAAGACACUUGGCAAAAUGGAAUAGUCGACGCUUCUCGAUCAAGCCCUAAUAAUUCCUUCUCAGGACAGAGAGACAAUGCGUCACAAUUGGAGCUUGAAAACGCUGGGGAUAAUUACUCCAAGAAAGAACUUCAUCGUGAUGACCAAAAUUCUUGUGAAGAAACGGGCGGUGAUACGUCGGUCAAUGGAAAUUGUAUCAGCAAACAAUCGGUGGAUAGGCAUUUACCUGAAGCCGUUCUACCAUUAUUGCGAUUUCAGCAGGGCGACAGCUCUGAAUCCUCAUCAAGUUUUCAAGAUUCUCCGGUUGAAGAUAGGCAUUUCAGAAGUGAUCUGGACGAGACAGAAAUAGAGGACACCUCUUCGUCUGGCCAAGAAAUCUUCAGCGACCACGGAGAUAUACUUGAGUGGUCAAAGGCAAACAAUCAUGGAUCCUUACAAACAAUCUGCGAAUAUUACCGGCUAAGUUGCCCACCCCGGGGGUCGACAAUCAGGUUCCAGCCGUUGGAUCACUUGCAUCCUCUGGAGUACAACAGACUUGGGGAACCAGUUCUGCAUUUCGCAGGAUCAGCCCUUGAUUUGAGCCCGGAAUUAGCAGAGGCUCACAGCCAACUCAUGGUAGAGGAGGAGGCCGCGGCUUUGUCAGUAUGGGCUGUUGCUUGUUUAUGCGGCUCCCUUCGACUGGACCAUGUGCUGACACUUUUCGCCGGGGUUCUGCUGGAGAAGCAAAUCGUGGUUGUUUGCUCAAAUUUGGGGAUUUUGUCUGCUGUAGUCCUGUCGAUUAUACCGCUGAUUCGACCCUAUCAGUGGCAAAGCCUAUUGAUGCCGGUCCUGCCAAAUGACAUGGUGGACUUUCUCGAUGCGCCUGUUCCGUACAUAGUAGGCGUAACGAACAAGACAGCUGAAGUACAGCUGAGGCUAACAAAUGCAAUUCUAGUGGACAUAGACAGAAAUCAGGUGAAAUCACCGUCGAAACAGCAUUUACCCCGGUAUAGAGAACUGUACUCAGCUCUUAGCCCAUACCACGCCAAUCUCGUGGGUGAGAGCUAUUUAGGAAAGAAGCGACGAGUAUAUGAAUGUAAUACUGUGCAGGUCGAAGCUGCCAAAGGGUUUCUACAAGUGUUGCGAACUUACUUGGAAUCGCUGUGCUAUAAUCUUCGUUCGCACACAAUUACUAACGUUCAAUCAAAUGAUGACAAGGUGUCCUUGCUGUUAAAGGAGAGUUUCAUCGAGUCCUUUCCCAGCUACGAUCGACCCUUCAUGAAGCUUUUUGUCGACACGCAGCUCUUCUCCGUGCAUACGGAUCUCUUGCUUUCUUUCUUCCAGAAAGAGUAGGGAAUAUGAUUUCUAACCGAGACUUCGACAGCUUCUGGUAGUAACAGUAUUGACAAAUUUUGCUUUCGCAAUUGGAAGGUAAGUUCCCAACGUAUAGUUCAAGAAAACAACUAGUGUGUGUAGUGUGUUGAUGUUCUCUAUAUUUAUGGUAGUGUGAGACAAUCGACUAUAUAUGUAAACCAAACAUAUAUGCAAUCAAUCUCUAAUGUUAGUGAAAGUUUUGUGCAUUUUCACCCAUCUUCCGAUGCGGGA